AUGAAUAUAGAAAUAGAACACGUUCAAUUUGAUUUCUUCAAGGAACUGUCCAACAACAUUGCAUCAUUACAAGUUAAAUCCAAUAAAUUAUGUUUUGCACUAAGAUCAGGUCAAUUGUACCUCAUUGAUUUAAACACCCCUUCCAUAAUAAACACUUUCCAGGUCCCACUAUUGAAAACGCAGGCAAAUUCAGAAAGGAUACUGACCGUAUGGUUGAGUCCCCAUGCAUCCAACCUGAUAAUCAAGACAAAUUUCGCUAAAUAUUACUUUCUAGAUACUUUAUCCUUUUCCAAGCCAACUUCAAAUUCAGCCCCGGCAUCAGAACAACCAAAGGGCAAGGGACUUAUUACAGUAAGAAAAUUAGUCAAGAGGAACUGCGAUGUGAGAACGGUUCAAUGGAUCAAUGACGAAUGUGUAUUGUGCGGUACCACUCAGGGAGAACUCUUUCUAAUGAAAUCCUCCCCCACCAAACCGGUAGAGCCAACCGUAUCAUUAAUAUUCCAGGAUUCUUCAUCUAUUGAUGGAAUUCAAUGGGUGGACCCGGGUUUGGUUCUUGCCGUCGCAGAUAAGAUCAUGUAUUGGCAUAACGUUCCGUCAUUGUUAACUUCUUCAGACCCUUUGAAGAAAUUGGCACCGACAGAAACUGAAAUAUUUGAAAAAUUACCAAGGGAUUCAACUAAUAAAUUCACCACUUUGGGUUCCUCAUUUGCUUGGGUUACAAACACAGGUAUAAUAUUUGGUGAUUUAACUAAUGACACAAACAAUGAUAAUCAAACUAAUCAUAAUCAAUUGAGCAAUGCGAAAGUCUUUCUAAAUGUGGAAUUAUCUGAGAGUAACCAUUGCAUUAAAGAUAUUAUGUUGACUCAGUUCCAUAUCAUUAUACUUAGGGGCCCUAUUCUAACCAUCAUAAACAAGCUAAAUAACAAAGUCAUCUUCGAAGAAUCUAUAAUGGACGCUUCAAAAAUGUUAGGAUUAGCCGCCGAUCAUCAACAAGAUACUGAAGAUUCUACCUUUUGGUGCUAUUCCAACAAUAACAUUUACGAAAUUAUUCUGAAUGAUGAGGCAAAUUCAGUUUGGAAAUUACUAUGUGAACAGGAGAAAUUCGAUUUGGCAUUAUCCCUUAAGGGUUUAAAUAAAUUUCAAAAGAGUGAUAUUAAUCUUUAUAAAGGUGAAAAAUUAUUAUUGGGAUUACCAUCUGAAAGAACCCUUGCAGCUAAUUGCUUGGGUCACAGUUUUUCGUUACCCAUUACUUCCAUAGCAUUGAAAAUUAUGAAUAUUGAUCACGAUGAUGAUAAUGAAGAGGCAAAUGUCACGUUGCAUACUUAUUUAAUGACAAAAUUGGAUACUCUAGAUAAAACAAAUGAAGUUCAACAAAUCAUUUUAUCAACUUGGAUUGUAUGGAUCUUUAUGCAAAGGUUAAAUGAACUAGAUGAAAAAAUAAACAUUGAAAAAAAUAUUAAUGGAAUUACUAAUCUUCAAAAAUCAAAAAAGCAACUAAUAGAACAACUAAAUCAAUUCUUAACUGAUCAUUUAGACUGCAUUGAUAAGGAUACCGUAUAUCAAAUCUUCCACAAACAAAACAGAAAGCAAAUAUUACUAGAUUUUGCAAACUUAAUAAAGGAUUAUCAAUACGUAUUGAAAUAUUGGAUUAGAUUGGAGAAUUGGUAUGAAUCUUUAAAGGUUCUUUUGUACUUAAAGGAUCCCAUACUAGUUUAUAAAUAUUCCGAUGUCUUAUUAAUUAAUUCCCCUGAUGCUACAAUAAACACAUGGAUGAAAAUUGAUAACAUUAAUGUAAUAGAAUUAAUACCAUCAAUAUUAAACUACUAUACAAAUUUCCAAAAGCAAAAUAGUGGAAUAAUAUUACAAAAUUCAUAUCAUACAGAAAAUUAUGCAUUAACUUAUCUGAAGUGGUACAUUAAAAAUUAUUAUCACAAUGAUAAUGUCAAUGAUUCCAUCAUUUAUAAUACUGCAUUAUAUAUGAUGAUUGCGGCAAAUGGAACAAUAGUAGAGCCUCUUAAGAAGCUGAAUGUGGAUGACCUUUCCAUGGAGGAAACGUUUGAACAACAAGUCAUUCAAUUCUUACGAAUGUAUAAGGGAAAUUAUGACACUGAUUUCAUACUACGAUUAUCUUUAAAAUUUAAAAGGGUUAACGUUUCCAUCUUCUUAUACACGCAAUUGAAAUUGUAUGAUGAUGCCGUUACCCUUGCAUUAGAUAAUAAAAUGGUAGAUGCAGCAAAAUUGGUGGUUAACGAUCCAACAUUGCAAGAUGACAAUAAGUUAAAAAAAGAAUUGUGGUUAAGGAUUGCUAAAGUGUUACUCUAUCAAGGCACGGAUGCAGCUGCCCCAAUAGAUAUCAAGGAAACAAUACGUUCUAUUAUUAAUGAAUCGAAUGAAGUUGUCGAGAUUAAAGAUCUACUACCUUUGUUUAAUGAAUUCACCACAAUUGCUAAUUUGAAGGAUGAAUUGAUAAGAAGUUUGGAGAAGCACAGUUCAUCAAUGCUUCAAAUCUCAGAAGAUAUUAAAAAAUCUAUUGUGUUGAAAAAUGAUAUAAGGAAUGAAAUUAAGACUUUUCAACAACGAUAUCAAAUAUUGGAACCUGGUGUCUCAUGUGAUAGUUGUCAUAAAUUCUUGCAAACAAGGAAAUUUUUGGUGUUCCCCUGUGGUCAUUGUUUCCAUACGGAUUGUCUCAUUAAAGCGAUAUUGAAAUCUAAUGAUUAUCAAUUAAAGAAUAAGAUUGAAAAUUUCCAAAGAAAGAUGACAAAAGAGAAAAAGAAGAAAUCGAUUAAUUUUAGUAAUCUAGAAUCGAUUAUUGCCACCAAAUGUUGUCUAUGUAGCGAUAUCAACAUUAAUAAGAUUGAUGAUCCUAUCGUUGUGAAUGAAGAGGAUGCCGCUAAAUGGGAUUUAUGA